AUGACUAUUAUUAUUACAAAACAUGUUCAUAACAAGACUCUUCAUUGUCAUCAAAUUCAACGCCACCUGUUGAAUGGUUGGUUCCAAAUACAAGACAAAAGGCUUCUAUAUGUUGUUUGUCAACAACAAUCCUUGCUUAGUUUUCAAUUAAAUAAAUUACAAGGUGGCUUCCCUCGAUCGCCAAUUUAUUUCUCAUCAAGUAUUCACAUACUUGAGGAAAUGUAUUGUAUACUUAUUUGUGCUUCGGUAUUUGGGUUGCAGAAGUUAUUAAUUAUUCACGCUGUGAAGGCCACCUAUGACUUUUAG